CUCCCGUAACUCCCAUCUCACUACUGAGACUAGAAAACAGAAAGCAACACCUCCCUCUCUCUAUAACUUAGCGCUUUCUUGCUCUCUAUAUCUCCACCCAUCGGAAAUCAAACGAACCAGAAACGAAAAAUCCAAAACACCUACCCAAAAUUCCAAAAAACCCUUUCUUCCGUUCACUCCAAUGUCAUCACGGAAACCUUCAUAUUCCCAAAUCUUUAUCCCAUAAAAUCGUCCCCAAACAAGAAAAAUCACAUCCAUGGCAGAUCCCGGCGACAGUACGUCCGUUUCCCGCCGGAAAAAUCUAGGGUUCGGGCGGACCUGGUGCUGCCCCUUCACAGCUCCUCAGAGCCCGGAGAUUCGCUCCCCUCCGUUGAAACCCCCCAAAUCUGAAACCUCCAAAACCAUCUCCAAUUCCUUCCCUAAUUCUCCCAUCAGCAGCAGCAGCAACAGCAGGUUAGGGCUAGGGUUCGGUUCUCGCAUUGACCCCCGGCGCAUUCUCUCACCGGGCCGCGUCUCCCCGAUCGACUCUGAUGCACCGCUCGAUCCCCUCCCGGAAACGGCGCCUGAACCCGAACCCGAACCCGAACCCGCGCCUCCGUUGCCGCCGCGGGAAUCUACUCCGUCGAGGGAGAGAUCUUUGGCGGUGGAUACGACGAUGAUGGCAGCUAGCGGCUUCGAUUUGAGGUUGGAUUUGAAGGGGAAGGAUGGGAGAAGGUUGAGCUUGGAAAUGGAUUCGGAGGUGUUGGCAUCGAAGAGCCUGUUGUUUGCGGCAAAGAUUGUGGAGUCAAGGAGGCGGGGUGGUGGUGAGGGAGGUUGGUGUUUGAUUGAGGUGACAGAUGUUGGCAAUUUGGAGGCAUUCCGUGAGACGAUCGAGCUGAUGUAUGAGAAGGAUGUGAUGAGGAGGCUUAUGAAAGCAGGAGUGUCCCGCUCGAUUGAUAUACUCGAGGUUUCAUCAAUCAUCAUGUUUGACAUAGGCAUCACAUCCUGUCUGAACUACCUUGAGGCUGUUCCAUGGUGUGAGAAUGAAGAGGAGAAGCUGAAAAGCCUGUUUUUGAGGUGUGCAUUUGAUGAAGCAGCAGCUCGAGAUGUGUUAGCAAGGCUACAUAUGCAACACCCAAUAUGUCAACCUCUCGCCAUCCAUCUUGUUCAGUCUAUCACUAGGGGGACUGACACCAAUGCAAGAAGGGAGCUGAAGUCCCUCGUCAAGGGCCUUCUGUCUGCGAGCUCUGUCUAUCAGAAGGACCCUGCAGGCAUUAACAAGGAGGAUUUGUACAGGAUUUGCAAUGGCUGCCUUCAUUUGCUCGAGAAUUGUUUCAAAGAAGCCUCAGACCCAGCUCCCAAAGACCGGGCUACAGCAAAAGAAAAAACGAGGCCUUGGAUCGGACAGAUUUCAGAGCAAGUUGACAACCUCAACUGGCUACUAGAGAUUCUCAUUGACAGGCAAAUGGCAGAAGAGUUUGUGGUUAUGUGGGCAAAUCAAAGAGAAUUGCUUAGAAUGCAUGAAAAGGCAUCACCCAUGGUCAGAUAUGAGCUAAGCCGUAUAUCAGCGCAUGUGUUCAUUGCUUUGGGUAGAGGGAAGCUGCAGUGCCGAGGGGAGGAAAGGUAUGGUGUCCUAAGGGCAUGGUUUGGGCCCAUGCUGACAGACUUUGGGUGGCUGCAGAGGUGCACAAAGGGGCUCGACGUGAGGGAGUUGGAGGAAGCCAUGGGGCAGGCACUGCUUACGCUUCCAUUGAGGCAGCAACAGAGCAUGUUCCUUGAAUGGUUUGGUUGUUUCUCUGGGUGUGGCACCGAGUGUCCUAACCUGAGCAGGGCCUUUCAGAUAUGGUGGCGUAGGUCUUGCACCAGAGCUGCUGCAGAAACUCUAUUGUAAUGGUCAUUGCUAGCUGCUGCUGCUGCUGUAACAUAGAAUGGUAUGCAUAUGUGACUUCAGUGCUCAAGACAAGCAAUGAAUAAUUCAACUGUCUGUGUUUUACACCCAUUUGUUAUUCACAUCGGCCACAUGGGUGGGCCAUCUUGUGUGGGAUUGGCAGCUUGGCUUCUGUUUUGUUGAGGUAGAUUGACCUGUUUGGUGGGCCCUCUCA